AUGAAUUCACAAUCUAGUGAUCUCAAGUCGGAUCAAUAUAAAAUGAUAGUCAAUUCGAAAUCCAAGAUACCGCCCCUACAAACGCCUCUGAAAAACAGGUUACAAACGUUGUUUGUUCUUCUGCAUAGCACUUCAAUGUGUGUUUUCUGCUGUCUCUAUUUCUUGGGGUGGUGUGUUCCUUACUUUUGGCCAUUGAUGUUACACUAUACUAUUUGGUAUUAUCUCUUAGAUCGUAGCCCCGUUAAUGGCGGAGUUUUUGAGAGAAGAUCAGAAUGGUUCCGAAAUUUGAAGCUAUGGAAGAUAUUGGUAGGCUAUUUCCCCAUAAAACUACACAAAAUGCAAGAUCUCAAACCGACUUUUGAAACUACAGUGGGAGAUGGUGGAAAAUUGAUAGAGAAACGGAUAGGACCAACCUACAUUUUCGGUUAUCAUCCUCAUGGUAUAAUUGCAACAGGAGUCGCAUGUGGCUUCACCAACAACGGUGCAGGUUUUGCACAGAUAUUUCCUGGAAUCAAGUGUUUUGUUACCACAUUGGUAAACCAAUUCCGUAUUCCCUUUUAUAGGGACUAUUUGAUGGCUAUGGGAGUUACUACGGUGGUGAAGCAAAAUCUCAAAUUACUAAUUAACAAAGGUGCAAGUGUGGUGAUUGUAGUUGGCGGGGCUCGUGAAUCCUUGCUGGCAAAGCCUGGACUAAACUCGUUAGUGCUAAACAAAAGAAAAGGGUUUAUUAAAUUGGCGUUGGAAAGCAUCGAAGAAAGAGGGAUCUGUGUGGUUCCAGUUUAUGGAUUUGGUGAAAAUGAUAUUUACGAUGUUUUCUCUACUGUUGAAACAUUUUCAAGGGAAAAAAAUAAUCAUCAUAUCGAAGGAGAAUUUGAAAAUCAAGAUAGUAAUCAUAACUCCAAUAUUGUAAUCAGAAACUUCAUUAGAAAUACGCUUCAUAGGUUUCAGUUGUUUUUGAAGGAUAAUUUUGGAUUUACAUUGCCAAUAGUAAUAUCACGAGGUGUUUUCAACUAUGAUUUUGGUAUUUUACCCUAUCGUAAGCCUAUAAACGUUGUAUUUGGUAAACCUUUGAAUAUUGAACGACUGGACGGUCUAAAAUACGGUGAUGAAGUUACCCAAAGGGAAAUCGAUUACUGGCACGGAAAAUAUGUCGAAGAGCUCAAAAAAGUAUGGGAAUGGGGAAGUCCACAAUUUUCAUAUCCUGGUGAUCAAGAACUAAACAUUCUUGAGUGA